AUGCGGGGCUACGCCUCAGUGGCGUUCUCCCCUCACAACAAGAACCACUUGGCAGCGCUUGGAUGCGCCCCAGACUACUUGCUCUCUGUAUGGGACUGGCGCAACGAACGGCUCCUCCUCAAGUGCAAGGCCUACGGUCAGGAUGUGUUUAGCAUCCGCUGGGGUCAGUUCCCUGGCAUGCUGACCUCGGUGGGCGUCGGCCACAUCCGGUUCUGGAAGAUGGCGACCACUUUCACCGGCCUGAAGCUGCAGGGAGCACUGGGCAAGUUCGGCGCAAGCGAGCUCUCCGACAUCAGUGGCUUCGUCGAGCUGCCUGAUGGCAAAGUCGUGUCGGGCACAGAGUAUGGAAAGCUGCUGGUUUGGGAAGGCGUCUUUGUCAAGGUGGAGUUGAUGCGUGCCAAGGAGGGCACUUCGGCGCAGGAGGCUGCCACAAACCUCGCCGGAAGUCCUCAUGCGGGCGCCAUCGACGUAAUCCUCAGUGACAAGGAAAAUGGCUUAGUGAUCUCCGGUGGUGACGACGGCUUUCUGCGUUGGUGGCCCAUCGACGAGAUCGACAGCGCCGAGGCGGACUACGAUAAUGGCAUCCUGGAGUACGGAAUUCGCAUGCGCAAGGAGGUGCGCAUUCCGCCGAGCAGCGAGCAGCACAUCUACCCCGCCCACAUCCAGCAUGUGGCUAUCUGCCCAGAUGGGGAGACUUGGUUGGUGCAGGAUUCGCGCAACGGCAUGGUGUGGUUGUACGACAUCGCAAGCACGAACUGCAACAUGGUCUUCAGCUGUCACAGCAAGCAGGUGACAGGAACCGUUGUCUCCUCCAGCUACAGCGGGCUGAUGAUGUCAUGUGGCAUGGAUGGCACGGUUCGUGCAUUCAACGUCUCACAGGCAUGGGACAACGAGCUGCUCCUCCCUAAGAGUAUCGAGUGA